UACGGCGAGGAAGGGUUAAAACAACACGGUUCUGGCGGUACAAAUUUUCAUAAUCCGUUUGAUAUCUUUGCUAAAUUCUUUGGUGGAUCGGGACACUUUGGUGAUUCUCAUUCGCAGACUGAGCGUCAAGGACCAAAUAUAGUCAUGGAUAUAGAAGUAGAUUUAAAAGAGUUAUAUUUAGGAACUCAAGUUGAAGUGGACAUUUCCAAACAAGUUAUUUGCUCAGAUUGUAGAGGAAGUGGUGCUAAAAGUGAAGAUGAUGUUAUAACAUGCGAUGCUUGUGGUGGACGAGGUGUUAAAGUAGUUAAACAGAUGCUUGGACCAGGAAUAUUUCAACAAUUCCAUUCCAC